UUAUAAUUUGACACUCGAUUUGAAUGUGUUAUAAAUAUUAAAUAGAUAUGACAACAAAUUAUAUAUCGUGUGCCUGUAAUCGGGUGCCACAUUCGGCAGAUUGGGGAAGAAAUGGCCUUAUAUGUUUUGCGGCCUGUCAUGCUGUAGCAAUUUACGAUCCAUUCAUCUCAAAAAUAGGAAAAGUGACAAGAACACUUCACCGGCAUAAAGAACGCAUUAACACGGUACGAUGGGUUAAACGAAAGGAUUCAAAAUCCGAAUGGGAACUGCUGUCAAGUUCUGUAGAUGGAACUGCAAUUAUUUGGAGCAAAUUAAGUGAAUGUUUUGAAUGUACUUCUGUCAUCGAAUCUGGAGAUAUCCUCACAUUUAGUAACUCGUUGUAUCUAUCAACUCAUGAUUCUUUAAAUGACAAAAGGUUCCCAGAAUUAUUAAUAUGUACUGGUUCAGUCCAAGGAGAUUUAAAGCUAUGGUUGAGAAAUGCCUCUAACGAUAUAAAGUGCCUUCAAACGCUUAUAUUUGGGAAGAAGUUACCAAUAGAAGUUUGCUUCUCUUAUUUACCAAGUACAAAUUUACCACUUUUAGCAGUAGCAACAGAAAGCUCAACAAUUGAACUAUAUGUGACAAAUUCUCACAAUAUAAAAGAAUUCAAUUUUGUAAAGGUUCAAAUCUUAAUUGGACACGAAGAUUGGAUACGUUGUAUGGAUUUUACUCAUGUUACAAAUGAUAGUGUCCUACUUGCAAGUGGUUCUCAAGAUGCUAUGAUACGAUUAUGGAAAAUAUCUUUAAACAUUACAGAAUCCUCAAAUGAUGAAUUACGUCAAAAAGAACAAGUUUUUAUUGUUAAUAAUAUUAAAUAUAAUAUCACUUUAGAAUCUGUUCUUUAUGGACACGAAGGCUGGAUAUAUGGCAUACAUUGGUACCCAUGGCAACUAAAUACUGAAAAUAGAGUUUUAAGAUUAUUAUCUUGCUCAUUAGACAAAUCUAUGAUCAUAUGGGAGCCAGAUGAAAUAACAGGUAUUUGGUCGGAAAAAGUCAGAGUAGGCGAAGUUGGUGGCAAUUCAUUGGGUUUCUAUGGAUGCAAAUUUAAUGGUAAUGGAUUAAAUAUAUUAGCACAUGGAUAUCAAGGAUCAUUUCAUAUUUGGGAAUAUUCAGACAAAGUAAGAAAUUGGAUUCCAAAGUCUGUACCUAGUGGUCAUUUCGCGGAAGUAGUCGAUCUUUGCUGGGAUCCCAAAGGAAGGUUUCUCAUCACUGCAAGCACGGAUCAAACAACAAGAAUUCAUGCUCCUUGGAAAGAUAAGGCGAUAGAAUUUUGGCACGAAAUCGGACGUCCACAAGUUCAUGGAUAUGAUAUGUCCUGUUUAGUUAUGCUAACUCCUUAUAUGUUUGCUUCAGGAGCGGAGGAAAAAGUUGUACGAAUAUUUACAGCUCCGGUAACAUUUCGGAGUUCUUUAAUGAAAAUCGCUAAUGUUGAUGAUUUUAAAACUACGGUAGCUGAUGGUGCAUCUGUGCCAGCUCUUGGAUUAACAAAUAAAGCCACGUUUGCUAAUGAUAGUAAAAUAAAAGAAGCCGAAGCGAAUGAUCUUAAAGAUGAGGAUUAUAUUCCUCCAACAGAAGAAGAGUUAAUGCAAAAUACUCUAUGGCCAGAAUUGCAGAAACUUUACGGACACGGGUACGAAAUAUUUUCUGUAGCUGCUAGACAUGAUGGAACAAUGUUGGCCACUGCAUGCAAAUCAGCAUUACUAGAACAUUCGGCAAUACUUUUAUGGAACACAAGUACAUGGACACAAGUUCAAAAACUUAUGUCGCACCAGCUAACAGUUACGCAAAUGGAAUUUUCACCUAAUGAUAGAUAUUUUGUAUCUGUAUCUAGAGACAGAAGAUGGUCAUUAUUUGAAUGCAACGAUAAUAUGUACACUUUAAUUGCAACCAGUUUGAAAAAAGAUAGUCUUCACACUCGUAUAAUAUGGUGCUGUUCAUGGACACAUGAUUCAUCUUUCUUUGCAACUGGUUCCAGAGAUGGAAAGAUUGGAAUUUGGAGACCAGCCGAUACAAGUAAUAACAUUAUUCCAGUCACGAGUUUGAAUGUAAAGAAUUCGACCACAGCGCUCUCAUUUUCUACUCAAAGCAUUGCCGAACAUUCUUAUGUUCUAGCAAUAGGGUUUGAAACAGGCUGCAUAGAAAUUCAGAAAUUGAAAAUUUCUGAUAAUACCUUUAUAUGGGAAAAGUAUAUAGCAUAUAAUACUUCAGAAGCACAUCAUCUGACUGUAAAAAGGCUUAAAUUUUGUCCACAAAAAGAAAAUUUAAAUACUUUACAGCUGGCAAGCUGCGGAUCUGAUCAUACCGUUAAAAUAUAUAACAUAGAUGUCUAUACCCAAUCGAUUGGUGGUCGUUUGGUGGUUAUUGGUGGUCUAAUUAGAACAUUUGGUGGUCACGCGUUCUUUUGUAAUUAA